UAUUAAAUCGGCUYAYGUAAAYAAUUAUGGGAAUUUUAACCAAUUAUCCGUGACACUGAGUUUCAUAGUUAACGUCUUAUUUGUAAAUCAAUUGAUUUAUAUUAGAUAUAUGUUAACAUUUAAAAAUUUGUCUUUAGUUUUUACUCCAGAUUUUAAAUAACUAUUUUCUAUGGACAGUUCUAAAAUAAAAUGUACAUUGCUGUGUGGCACUUCAGCAGCUUAUUCUCAAUCAUUAUUAUUUGAAAGCGCUGUAUACUGGUCUGAAUUUGGAUAUCGAGUGGUUUACAUUCAAAUAUCUCAGAUGAAAUCUCUACCAAUUCCAUUAGAUGGAGCCAAACCGCCUAGUGUGCAUGCACUGAAUCGCAUUACAUUCCUAACAUUGUCACAGUGGGAAGAUCUUGUCAAAUACACUUGUUCAAUACACGAAACUAGUCCAAAUGUGCCACAUGUAAUUUUAGUAUCAGACUUGAAUAAUUACUAUAGGAAUGAAGAUAGUGAUCAAACUACAAGACUAGCACACAUGCUAUGUGCUUGUUUGUGUGAUGCCAUUUCAUAUUGUAGUAAAGUACAUAAUUCUACAUCAUAUUUAACUGUUUCAACACAAGACACUGCACUUGAAACACAUAAAUUAUCUGCGAUGUAUUUCCCGUCAAGUACAUGGAUUAGCAGUGUUGUUGAUGAUAAAGUAGUUUUUUGCAAAAAACAACUGUAUUUACAGCAACAUCAUAGCUGUAAUAUAAAGUUUAUCAAGGUGAACAAUAAACUAAGAUGUGAUUCUGUAGAAGUAUUGUAUAUGUGAUAUUUUUGUUACUGUACUUGUUUUUUAAUUGUUUUGUUUCUUAUUUUUCUUUGCAUAAUUUAUACA